AUAUAUAAGUACGCCCGCGCACCGCGCCGCCGCGAGGCGCGCGAGUUAUUCAUUGUAAAUUGUUUGCCGCAUUGUUGUUGGCCCUGUCAAAAUCAUCUGCGUGCUCCGCGCGAGGAGUGCAUUUGUCUCGCGAAAGCCGCGCUCCACGAUAAUGAACAUUAAAGAAAAGGAAAAGUACAUUGAAGAAUUCGAUUUUCCCUACUGCGACGAGUCCAGCAAGUAUGAGAAAGUCGCCAAGAUCGGACAGGGCACCUUCGGCCUUUUUCCUUUCCGCCUGCAGCGAGGUCUUCAAGGCGAGGGACAGAACCAACUCCAAGCGUUACGUAGCCAUGAAGAAGGUUCUCAUGGACAACGAGAAGGAGGGCUUUCCCAUAACGGCACUGCGAGAAAUCAGGAUACUGCAACUCCUCAAGAACGAGAACAUCGUCAAUCUCAUUGAGAUUUGCAGGACCAAAGCCAAUCAAAACAAUAAGUAUCGUUCUACUUUCUACCUUAUCUUCGAUUUUUGUGAGCACGAUCUCGCUGGCCUCUUGUCCAACGUUAAUGUUAAGUUUAGUUUAGGCGAAAUCAAGAAAGUCAUGCAACAGUUGUUGAACGGACUGUACUACAUACACAGCAACAAGAUUCUGCACAGGGAUAUGAAAGCGGCAAAUGUCUUGAUUACCAAGAAUGGUAUUCUGAAGCUGGCAGAUUUUGGCCUCGCAAGAGCAUUCAGUGCCAACAAAAAGGAUCAGCCCAAUCGAUACACAAACCGGGUGGUCACAUUGUGGUACAGACCACCGGAGCUGUUACUGGGGGACAGAAAUUACGGCCCACCCGUCGAUCUCUGGGGUGCAGGAUGUAUAAUGGCCGAAAUGUGGACCAGGUCACCGAUCAUGCAGGGCAACACAGAGCAGCAACAACUGACUCUAAUUUCACAACUUUGUGGCUCCAUAACACCGGAUGUUUGGCCUGGUGUAGAUGCACUAGAGUUGUUCAAUAAAAUGGAACUCAUUCAAGGUCAAAAACGUAAGGUAAAGGAUAGAUUAAGGCCGUACGUUAAGGACCCAUAUGCCUGUGAUUUGCUUGACAAGCUUUUAAUUCUCGACCCCAGCCGAAGGUUUGACUCAGAUUCGGCUUUGAACCACGAUUUUUUCUGGACAGACCCCAUGCCUUGUGAUCUCAGCAAAAUGUUAGCACAGCACACCCAGAGUAUGUUCGAAUAUCUCGCUCCACCUAGAAGGCCGGGGCAUAUGCGACACCCACACCAAGUCCCCGGUGGACAAGCAAAACCCAGCUCUAGUGUGGCAGACACAAGCUACCAGGAUCGAGUAUUUUAGCAGAAUCCAAGUCUCACCCAAAGGACUGUUACUGUGUUCAAAAAUGAUUACAAUAAUAGAAUAAGGCUAAAACUCAACGGAUUAUCCACGUGAGAGGAUAUAGACGAUUUUCCUUUUUUUCUAUGACAAAAAGUAACUUUUAUAAUUAGGAGGUUUAUCACCUUGACAGUCGCUCUUGACUGUCGAUCGUUUUCCAUUGCGUUCUAAUGGAUCGGCAUUUAACGCAUCGCGUACUGCAAUCAUGCUGCAGAUUUGACAAAACUAUUUAAGUUGACUUAUGUGUAUAAUCUAUGCACGAAGCAUUUUUAUACAAUAAAUUGUUGACCACCAUAUCGUUUAAAAGCUAAA